AUGAACCCCGAUCCCAAUCGUACCGCAUUUUCUUCAGUCGUUUCCCUUCCCCUGGCCACGACCGUCAUGGCCUCCUCCUCCUCAGACGCCGUCAUCCUAGCGGUUGGCGUCGUUCUCGCCGCUCUCUACCUCUUCCGUGACCAGCUGUUUGCUGCGUCAAAACCCAAAGGUGCUCCAAUCGCUGCCUCCAAGGCCGCCAAUGGUUCAGGAAAUCCUCGCGACUUCAUCGCCAAGAUGAAGGAAGGGAAAAAGCGUCUUGUGAUCUUCUACGGCUCGCAAACGGGUACCGCGGAGGAGUACGCUAUUCGUCUCGCCAAGGAAGCAAAGCAGAAGUUUGGCCUCACAUCGCUUGUCUGCGAUCCCGAGGAGUACGACUUCGACAACCUGGACCAACUACCGGAAGACUGUGCAGCUUUCUUCGUUAUGGCGACUUACGGCGAGGGUGAACCCACGGACAACGCUGUUCAGCUCAUGCAGAAUCUCCAGGAUGAUUCCUUCGAUUUCAGCAACGGCGAACACAAACUAGAGGGCCUCAAGUACGUCAUUUUCGGCCUCGGAAACAGGACAUACGAGCACUACAACCUUAUUGGACGCAAUGUUGAUGCGGCAUUGACUAAAAUGGGUGCCGUUCGGAUUGGUGAACGUGGCGAAGGCGACGACGACAAGAGCAUGGAAGAGGACUACCUUGAAUGGAAGGACGGCAUGUGGGAGGCAUUUGCUACUGCCAUGGGCGUUGAGGAAGGUCAAGGUGGCGAUUCGGCCGAUUUCGUUGUUUCAGAACUAGAAUCGCACCCUACGGAGAAAGUCUACCUGGGUGAAUACUCCGCCCGUGCCCUUACUAAGACCAAGGGUAUUCAUGACGCCAAAAAUCCCUACCCGGCUCCGAUUACAGUCGCCCGCGAACUUUUCGAGAAAACCGCGGACCGCAAUUGCGUCCAUAUCGAAUUUAAUACUGAGGGCUCUGGUAUCACGUAUCAGCACGGCGAUCACGUCGGACUAUGGCCCUUGAACCCAGACGCGGAGGUUGAGCGUCUCUUAUGCGUUUUGGGGUUGCAUGACAAGCGAGACACUGUUAUCGGCAUCGAAUCCCUCGACCCUGCCCUCGCCAAGGUUCCUUUCCCCGUCCCCACUACUUAUGGCACUGUCCUUCGCCACUACCUCGACAUCAGCGCUGUUGCCGGUCGCCAGAUUCUCGGGACUUUGUCCAAGUUCGCCCCUACUCCUGAGGCAGAGGCUUACCUCAAGAAGUUGAACACCGACAAGGAACUUUACGCCAAAAUUGUCCAUGACGGCUGCCUCAAACUUGGUGAAGUCCUCCAACUCGCUGCCGGCAACAACAUCAAGGCUCUCCCGACGCCGGAAAAUACAUCGGCUUGGUCUAUCCCCUUCGACAUCAUCGUUUCGGCGAUCCCUCGUCUUCAGCCUCGGUAUUAUUCCAUUUCCUCGAGCCCUAAGCUCCACCCCAACAGCGUCCACGCCACUGCCGUCGUCCUCAAGUACGAGAACCAGCCUCGUGAGCACGUUCCCCACAAGUGGGUCUAUGGCGUCGGGUCCAACUUCCUGCUCAACCUCAAGCAUGCCCACAACAACGAGCCUGUCCCUCUCGUCAGUGAAGACGGUGAAGAACGUGUUGUUGUCCCCGCAUACCUCAUCGAAGGUCCUCGUGGCGCAUACAAGACGGAAACUCACUACAAAGCUCCUAUUCAUAUCAGGCGUUCGACGUUCAGGCUCCCAACCAACCCGAAGAGCCCGGUCAUCAUGAUCGGUCCUGGAACUGGUGUGGCUCCAUUCCGUGGCUUCAUCCAAGAGCGUGUUGCUCUCGCCCGCCGAUCGCUCGAGAAGAAUGGACCAGACGCUCUCGCUGACUGGGGACGGAUAUCACUCUUCUACGGCUGCCGCAAAUCGACCGAGGACUUCCUGUACAAGGAUGAAUGGCCACAUUACGAGGAGGAGCUCAAGGGCAAGUUCAAGAUUCACACUGCCUUCUCUCGCGAGAACUUCAAGCCGGACGGCAGCAAGAUCUAUGUGCAGGACCUGAUCUGGGAAGACCGGGAGAACAUCGCUGACGCCAUCCUGAACGGCAAGGGAUACGUGUAUAUCUGCGGUGACGCUAAGAGCAUGAGCAAGCAAGUCGAGGAGAUUCUAGCGAAGAUCCUCGGUGAGGCUAAGGGUGGUUCGGCUGCCGUCGAGGGCACUGCUGAGAUCAAGCUCCUGAAGGAGAGGUCAAGGCUUAUGCUGGAUGUGUGGAGUUAA